ACCAAGACAGACUGUAGGCUAAUAUUUUACCCUGACAAAGUAAACCAAACCAGAUAAGUUGGUUUCCUUUGUCAGCUCUGUCAACGUUUCAGCAAGCAAAUAAAUAUCAGAAGAAAUUAUUUACAUUUGACUCUCUGCAUUUAAACCAAAGCGUAGUGGGUUUUUUUCCUUCCCUUUUUUUCUUUGGAAACUCUACCGUGUCUUAAUCCUGGGAUUUCCGAAAUAUGACGACAACGACUGCUGGAGUGGCUGUGUAGAGCAUGCUGGGACCUGGAGGCUUGCUGAAGAAGCCAACUUCAGCUUCAUUAGACAUUAUUUUGCAGUCUUUUCCAUAAACUUCCAAGUUUUUGGGUCGUUUUUUAUGUGGUGUAAUCUAAAUUCAAUUCGAACUAGUGGCUGUUUUUCUGACUUGUUUAGGACUCGGGAUUUAACCUUAGACUUGCCUGUACUCGGAACUUGAAUUGAGACUCUUGAAACUGUCUUGACUUGCGACUUGACUCGGAACUCGAGUACCAAAACUUGUUGCUUCCAAAUGAAUGACUUGUUCCCACCUCUUGUGUUGCGUACCUGAACAUCUCAAGAAGCCAAAGUCACUCGGGAACCUCUGAGUCUCUGCGCUAGUUACAAACGACGGGUGCUGAUAACAAGGCUUGACGCAAUGGCGGAUAGCAACAAUUGCCACGAUGUGAUUGGAGGGCUGAGGAAACUAAGGCGGAGCUUGGCCGAGAGCGCAAGGAUUUUCAUUGGACAUAAUCAAAUCAAAUAUUACCGUUUUUAAAAUGCAGCACAAUGAAAAUCCCAUCUGCAUCUGGUUAGUUAGCCUUGCUAUACUCAUGGCUCAUUAGAGCGCUAGUGUUUCUAUAUUAAAUCUCUCUGGACCUCAGUGUCCUCAUUGUUAGUUACUGCCAUGCUCAUUUUGCAUGAGUGGGGAAAACACCCUUCUUGCAAUAUUGCACUGAUUGCAUGUUUCUUGUAGAAUCGAUUUCUUAAUUAAUUUCCUUAAAAGUGAUAAAUAGCUACUACCUUGGAAUAUCACAGAGUGCCUGAUGGAUUAUACUCCAAUUAAGAUCUCUUUAAGGCCAUUAAAAUUCUUCCUGAACAUUCCCAGGGUAAAAUAUUAGAAAAGCGUGGAACGUUGUGUCGUUCUAGUACUCAAAUCAGACGCCCUCUGUAAAUAAUUUAAUAAAUACUUGACCAUGCAAAGAACCGUUUAUGCAUGCACUGGUUCUUUGAGUGUUCAUGUUUCUAUAUACAACCAUGGUCUUUGUUAAAGAACCCAUGAACCUUGUUUAUUUAAAGAGUUUUUAAAGAUUCAUCAUCAAGAUUCAUCAAAUUCAUUUCAUAAUCCUACAUUAGAACAUGUCAAUUCUGAAGGUGCAGUUCUGAGAGUAGACACAUUAAAGUAAUAGGCUACCCCUUCAUUCAAUUUCAGUUUGAAAAAGAAUGUCAGUUACCAUAGGCUACAAUUUUAUACAUAACUUUAAACAUGUCAAAAUGAUGUUAAGCAGAACUUAUUACACUUUUUGCCUUGUAAUUACAUUUUGUAUACUCAGACUUGUUGUUUAUAUUUUGUGACAUUUUUGCCAAUCAUUUUAUAUUAAUUGAAAAUGUGACAGUUUAGGGACUGAUGUCGGAGCCUUGCUGCUGUUUACAAAGUGAAGUCAACGCUGCGCAACAUGAGCAACAACACCACUUGCAUGGAAGCUCAGGACUUUGUAGCCUCUACGUUAGCACCGAUGCUGAUAUUGGAGCUCAUCUUGGGAAUACCAGGAACCAUCUUAGCGUUAUGGAUCCUUGGUUGCAAGGCUCCCUGGAAGCCCAGUACGGUUUACCUCCUUAACCUGGCGCUGGCUGAUGUUCUGCUGCUCAUUGGCCUUCCCUUCCACAUUGACAGCGUGAUCCGUGGAAGUUGGAUUUUUCAGGAUGUCUUCUGCCGCAUCACCUUGUUUAUGCUGUCAGUUAACCAGUCAGCAAGUAUUGCCUUCAUGACACUUAUGGCAGUGGACCGAUUCUUCAGGAUAGUCUACCCACACCACACCAUUUGCAACCUAAGCAUUCGGAGCAUAGUAAGAAUCAGCUGUGUGGUCUGGAUUGCUGUGGUGACGCUUCGUCUUCCUCUGCUAGUGACGCAGCUCUUGAGAUCAUAUGAGAACUUAUCUGUGUCUCUUUGUUAUAAUAUUUACAUGUGGACAGAGUCUGGACUAGGAAUGAAGGUUCAUAAUUUUCUCUAUGUGGCGGAAUUUAUCCUGGCCUUCAUGUUGUUACUCUUUUGCUCUGUGCGUAUCUAUUACCACAUACGUGAUAACACCCGACUCAGAGAGCAUCGCAGAGUUAAACGGACAGUAAACCUUCUUCUGACUGUUGUGAUCAUGUUUACCUUCUGCUUCAUGCCCAGUUAUAUCACAGGCCUAGUGGCUCUCUUCCUCAAAGAUGUCUCCUCAUGCUCUCCAUAUCUAGUGGUGGGCAAGCUGUUCAGUGUGUCUGUAAUCCUCGCCUACUUAAACUGUGCUCUAGACCCCAUCCUCUACUGCUUAUCAAACGCUGGUUUCCGUGAUACAUUGAAAGGAGUGGCCAACUCCACUGGAUUCACCAAGUUUAAACUGAGUGUCAAGGAAACCAGAUCACCUAGACAUGCCUAGAGAACUUAUUAUGACCAACUGUGCAAUUUAAAGUGUCAGUAUUGUGAAGUAUCACAUUUGCAUACAUUUUUAUUUAAAGGGUCUACACACUGUUAGUUCCUCCUUCCUUCAUACUUUUUAUUUUUCCCACUUAUAAUUGUGUGUUUUUACAUAUCAAAACCACCACGUGACCAUUUUCCAACCUCACUUCAUCCCUUAGAAUUAAACAGGUGGUUUUUGUUACUGUGCAUUUAACACUGAUAUGUGUACGGCCUCUGUUGUAAUUAGCUGCCUUGUAUUGUGCUUUAUUCAAAAAAGCAGUUUGAGCUGUGAAGCUUCUUAUAACUUAAACAAGAAUGGGUGGAGCUAAACUGAUGUAAGCUGAAUAAGCAGAUAUAUGUAAAAGUGUGGGUUUUUCAUGGCAUCACAACAACUGAAAUAAACAUUAGAUUCCAUAUAUAGAUCAUAUAAAUUGGGGGGGGGGGUGGUAUGUUUGGACUUACAAUACUUACAUAUUUGAUACAUUAAAAAAAAUAUGGGCCUUUUUAACUAAAGUACAAAUGUGUAAGGUUAAAUAUUGUUUUCACUGUCAUUUUUGUCUUCACUGUCCCACUGUGUUGUUUGGAAAUAUACAAAAUAUCUUGCUGUUAAAAAUUUAUUUUUUUUCACUUGUUGGAUUAUGAUGAAUAAAGAUUAACUAAAAAAAAUUAGUCUAAUUAUGCGCAA